GGACGACCCGUCAGUAUCGUGCCGCGACUCCCUCGCGACGAGAGAGUUCGCUCCAAGUUCCUUCGGCCUCGGCUGUACGCUGCUGACUCUUCUCUUCCCUUCUUCUCCUUUUUCUCUUUUUUCUCUCUCUCUCUCUUUUUCUUUCCUCUCUGUCUCUCUUUAUCUCCUUUUUCUUUUUGCCGGUCGUUCACGCGAACGAGAUCGCACCCGCGGCGUUCGCCCGCGUGCGACGCUUCCCUUCUCGCUUCGCUUCGGUAUAUCGUUCACCGAAGCCGGCCGCGUGUGUUGUACGACACUUUGGAGAUUUAGGGAAUCAACAGUCGAGGAUCCAGGGAUAGUAUAUUCGCCACAUCGGCGAUCGUUAUCGAAUGAACGCGGGGCUUAACACCAGAAUCGCUAACGAUCUACCAAACAUGUUACGCCUCGUAGUUCUUCUGCUUCUGUGUAUCGCUGCUACUUAUACGCCUGGCCGCUGCGAGACAGGGGCAUCGCGAGAUGUCGAGCAUGCGAGACUGCCAGAGUUCCUCACGGAAUUGGACCUGUCGAGUCUCGAGGCAUCCCAGGAAGACGUCGAAGCGCUGAAGAAAAUCGUGAAAAGGCUGGCGCCCGAAAAGAACGGCGAGUACCAAGUUUACCAAGUCUUCUUCGGUAACGAGGACCUCCUCAAGGAGUGGCUCAAAGGAGCGGGCGUGACGGGGCAGCCCGGAGUGGAUUAUCCAGCCCUCACGUCGAUUCCAGCCACUUCAUUCAGCUGUCGCGGUCUGAGAGGAGGAUAUUACGCGGAUUUAGAGACAAAUUGCCAAGUAUUUCACAUCUGCGACAAUGGACGCAAGAUCUCGUUCCUGUGUCCUAAUGGCACCAUCUUCCAACAGUCGCAACUUAUAUGCGACUGGUGGUUUAAAGUGGACUGCAGCAAGUCCACGGAGUUGUACGAGCAGAGUGCUGAGCAAUUGGCCGAGGAGGAGAAGAGACGUGCGGAGGCAAGAAAAAUGAAGACCGAAUACCAUCGCACGGAGCAGGGUAGUACGGAUUAUUACGAGAAUGUCGAUUACGAUGGCAGACAAAACGGUAGAACGAAUCCGUAUGGUCAGUCCGCUGCCAAGCAAAAUCAGAUUCCGGAAAGACAGGAUGAACCAAAGUCCAACCAACACUUUGGACCAAACAAUGUUUUCGAGAAUACUCGUGGUUCCGGUCGCUAUUUCCAGGAGAACAACGCGAACGCGUUACAAACUAACGAGAAAACAAGCCAGACAUCCGAGAAUUACGACCAGCCAGCGAAACAGCGGCAAUAUCACGAUAGCGAAUCGAAUUAUCAGGCGGGCAGCAGACAGAGAAAUCAACUGGACACGCAGAACGGCAAGUUUAAUUACGAGCACAGCAAUAAGUACCAGGAUAGCCGGCAAAAUUAUCAGAGCAACACGCAGGAUAAUUAUCAGUCUAAUCAGAACACGCCGCGCAACAACGAGAAGCCGGUGUUCAAUAAUCUGAAAUCGCGUACCUCGACGCGAAACAAUUUAUUUGGUUCUAAUCAGUCGCAAAAAGCUACACCGACGUACAUGGAAACGACGACUUUUAGAACGACAACCGCGGCGCCUCCGAGGGAAUAUCAGCAGUUCGCGGAAAGCGCCGCGUUUGUGUCCAAUCGGGGAAAUCGCUUCAACUCAAGAAAAUCCGACAACUCUCGACAGUAUUAUUAUCAUUCGUACGAUUACCGAGAUCAUUCCACUGCAACUAACUACCGCGCUCUCGAGACUACCACCUUAGCGCCUCAGAAGAACGAGGAUGAGACGGUGUCCUUUACGCCGAAGACGGGCGCCCCGUCAUUCCCCGGACCUACGUACACUCCUGUCUAUAAGCCCAGAACAACAACGUUACCACCUUAUGAGACAACGUUGCAGUACACUCCGACCACCGAGACGUCUUACUACAGCACUCCGUAUUACAGGCAUGGCGAUAUUCCAGAAACUACGUAUGCUAAUGUCGACAUCGCGACCGUGACACCGUCUUCCUCCGAGGAAUUCCAAACUACAUCCUUCACUGCGUAUAACGAUCUGCGAACUCCCCCGGCGAUUGGGAGAGUGCCCCCGGCUCCCGGGAAUUAUCAGAAUCAGCAGUACGUCGAUAACAGGGUGACCGAACAGAGAGACGCCGAUACCUCCUUCGCGACUACACGUCCGUAUAUAAAUACAGAAAGUUAUCGGCACAACGUUGCUAAUGUCACGUCAACCAUCAGUCAGGAUGCGUAUUCUUCGUCGACGCCAGUUUACGAAGAUUCUCGUGCACAAACUCACGCCAAUUAUCAAAACGAGAACAGUAUCGCGAAUAUUGAAAACAAAGGCACAACGUUGGAUCCUUGGCGCGCGACUUUGCAGAGCUUCCAGCAGAACUCGAUCAGCUCGACCGAGAAGCCGUGGAGAAGCACCAACGGCUAUCAGCAAAGUAGCUCCACCAGCAAAACCUUGAGCCCUUACGACACAAGUUUCACUUAUAAACAGGGGAAAGUGCUGUCCACUUUAGGCCCGUAUGUACCUUUCACUAAAAAUUAUGUUUAUUCCACGAUAACCACCACUCCGACGCCGAAACCGCCGACCACCGUGACGGCUUACAACCCCACCCUGGCAAAUUAUCGCAUGACGGCGAGCAAUUUGAUACCUAAGGUGAAAUCGCCUCCGGUCACGAGCAGACCCAAAGACAGAGCGACCUAUUUACCUGAGCCUAGCAAACCACCAACGACUUUCGAGGAUAGACCGUACGCCGAACGGGAACACGCGCUGAGCAUGUUGCACUCUCUUCAAGGUCUAGAAAAUAACGCGGAAAGUCUUAGCGAGAUCGUCGCGAAGGACGGAAAUAAUCGCAACGGGCCCUCUGCUCCCGGCCCAUCCACUCUGCAUUCGUUAGCUCUGUACUUUGCCACGGCCGGUGAUAAUCUCGACUCCAACGAGACUAUCGAGUCUACCGCAAGUGUCGAAGAAGUUGAGGAUAGAGAUGCGAGUCGCUCGCAUAAUGCAUCUGUCGAAUUACCGACCAGCAUUCUCACACAGCACACCAUCUCCUCGUACGUCGAGUUGUUCAAUCUGAAUAAUGCACUUGAAGGAAACAAUACAAUGGCUGAACUCACGGAGGAGAUCGAUAACAUUGGCGGCGAGGUAGACGAUGAUCUAGACAUCGAACAGAGCGAGGGCCCAGUCAACGGCGCGAAAAAAUCAAAUAGCACCAAGCUGCGUGAGCUAGCCCAAGUCUUCACUCACGCUCUGUCGGCGUACCUACAAGAUCCGGACACUUUCAAAAAGGUACUGACGGAAAUCAGGCCCACGCAACCACCGGCGACAACAACCGACGACGAUCAAUUCGAAGUUACAACGUUGUAUCCGACCACUGCGGAAGAGUUCGCGUCUGUGACCAAGGAGAAGGAUGAAGUCCUAGAUUUUUCGGAUGACAUCGACAGAAGGCGUAAACCAUCCACCAUAUUCCCCACCACCUUACAACCACCCCCUGUCACCACCGAUAGAUCGUAUUCAACUUACUACACGACGCCGUAUGAUGAAUAUUACACGACUUCAGAGAGCCAGACGCGAAGACCAAUUUACUAUCCGAGCACGACGCUGUUACCGCCCAGCGAUUCGUCAUACGAUUACGUCGAAUCAUCGACGCAAGGUGGUAAUACAUUUGCAUUCGAAGUGAAUAACGUAUUCACUACCACUGCGAACCACGAUAUUCAAAAUUACGAUGGCGAUACGAGAGAUUCGACCGAUCUAUCACCAGUUUAUGACAAUUAUUUCCCAUUGGACGAGGAAGGAAAUCGAAAUAAGAUUGGUGGUUUUCAUAAUAACACGGCGUCAACUUUCCAACCUUACGGUAAAAAUGUUAAACCGAUCGGCGCUACGCCUAUAAACAAUUACGUGGCGUCGUCGACGGUGGCGUCUUUUCAGAAUUCUGAAAUAGAAACGACCGCACCCGGCUGGGGUAGAGGCUCUGCUGGUGAUAAACCUGUUCAAAAUCUCACACCGCCUCAUUAUCAUCAACAUUUCGGUAAUGUCAAGAAUUUUGAGGUGUCAAACAGCAUCCUGCCGAAUAGUCAGGUACGCUCGACGACGCCUUUGCCGAGAAGCAAAUCCUCCUACAGCGCCGCCAGCAGCACCGUUCAGCCCUUCAGGAUACGUUAUUAUGAUGAAACAACGACAGCACCGUCUGAAUCUCUCGCCACAGCUCGCAGUUCGUAUGCGAAGUACAGAAAUAAUUAUAAGUUGGAAGGCAAUCGCAUAGAAAGUACUCGCAAGCCCGCGGCGACAACCGCGGCAACAACAAUUCGGGACGACGUCGAGACACUAGAUCCCGUCACUGCAACUGUCAGCGACGUUACUCCGUAUACCGCUACUGUUAUUCGCGCUACCUCUAACAGGCCAGCAGACACGUCGACCACGAGACAUUCCAGUCUGCUGAACAACGAUCAUUGGACUUCUUCGCCCAUGGUCACUCAGCUUUGGGAGACAACGGUGUUUGUGGAUCCUCGGCACAUUAAUCAUGGUCUAGAAUCGAAUGUCGGCUUCACUCAAUUACCCGACACAAUCGGUAACGCUAUUAACGGCGAGUCGGAAUCCACCGUAGCGGCGAGCACCGCGCGAUCGCCGACGCUGCCCACGGUAGAUUUCGACGUGACGACGGAACCGCGAACCACCAGCACGCCGAGUCCUUGGCAAUGGGCAACGAGCGACAAUGAUCCACCCGUAACGUUCACUUUGUUGCCGACGACAUACGCGGAGAACACGGCGACGCCGACUCCGAUCAUCACGACGCGAUCCAGCAUAACGACCACGAUUACCUCCUCGGUGACGACCAAUGCCGUCUCCCAGGACAAUCUGGCAUCCACUCUGUUGCCAUUCGUGACGGGUAAUGCAUUGAAUGCUACUGAGAGUGAAGUAAUUAAGGCGCACGAAAUGUUUGGCAAAUUGAAUGAGACGAGUUCGAACACGUUGAUGCGAGUAAUGAAGCAGGCAGACAACAACGCGACAGUAAGACAAUUGGUACUAUUGCUGAUAAAGCAUUGCAACGGGCCCAAAGACAAGACAAUGGAGCAAGAGAAGGAGCAACUAUUGGAUGCUUUGCUGAGGAUGCCCGUUAAUGAGUUUAGCUCAGAAGAAUCGCGUGAAAUCAUUGCCGGCAUCAACAGGCUUAAUCUUUCGAAUAUUUCUAAACCACGAGCAACUGCUUUGUCGAACUCCACGACGAUGAGGACUCCUCGAGCGUCGACCGUAAGACCCACGCCGUCUGCACCAUCCAUCACUACGUUUCGCAGUAGAACAGGACGAAAAUUCCGCACGACCACGGAGAGUGCCAACGUCAUUGCCAGAAGAUCGGACGACGCUGUCUCGGGGACGAAUAAUUCCUUGUCGGUGAACGAGGCCACCGCCUCUGACAACCGAGCCCUCGAGCUUCUCAGGUCGCUCUACACGAUAGCCGCUAAGUGGGGCUGAGGAGCCGCAUAAUCGACGACCGAUCGGAACUACGCGCGCGUCGGAAGGCUCGCGAGAUGAAGAUCUCGCUCGAGUAUCAGAAGACGUCCACCUGUCGAUACGUCGGAGUAGAUCGUUGCUGUCAUCUAUCACCGUGUCACCCAUCACUCCACCUAGCUUAAAUUCGAGGGUUCAAACACCGAACGGUGAAUCGGUUUUGAUCUCGGUCCAUGAAUCGACGUCCGUGAACGAGAAUCAGCUCUACGAAUAUUUUUUUUUUUUGGGCGAGACACGAUAUACACAUUUUGUUGAAACCGUCGUCAAAAAUUGGAAUAACACAUUUCGAGGUAUAACAUUCAAAUAUUAUUGAUUUUGGACUUCUUGCAUUAUUAAACUUUACUACUAUUACACUUGCUCGCAAUACUUGGAAAAUUACUCAAGGAUCGACUUAUUCAAACUUGGAUCGAUAACGCUGCUGCGAAGUUCGAUUUAACUUAGGGCCGAGAUUGACACCUGCGCUCGUGGUUAUUAAGUAGGUCGUGUAACGAUCGAGUAUUCGGAAGUAUAAAUCCGAAAUGCGGCUGCUUGAUACCCGCGACCGUGCGUAACUCCUGUCGGUUAAUAUGCGGAGUCCCGAUCGAUCCUCGAUCGACAAGAUCGCAAUACAAUAAUUAACCGGCUGCAGUCCGACGUUAAGAUUAUGUAUUGCUCACCGUCCUUUUUAUUAAGAAUAAAUCAUCGAUCGCCUCGAAACAUCGGCAACUAUUACUUGAAGAAGAAAAAACGCCUGCCAUACUUCGUCCCUCCUGUUCAGCGACUUUGCGUGAACGCCUACACUCAACUUUACUCUUUCCUCUCUAUAAUCAAAGAAAUUCACACAUAUUAAGCAAGGUAAUUUUAUACGUUUUACUUGUGUUUAUCAUGCAAUGAUAUAACAACAAAGUUUCUCUAAAUGUUUCUUCCUUAUAUAAUUUUAUAGGUCUUUAAACUGGCUGUCGUGUAGUUACAUUAUCGGCGUAUUGUUCAUAUGUCCGUAGUAUUUGUGUUUAGAAAAAUCGAUUUGAUUGGAAAACAAUUGGACAGAAUUUUACAUUUUAAACUUUUGAUUUGAAUCUUCUGAAUGUGUAGAUAUAUACGACUAUGUAUUUAAAACGAGGAGCAAAUUUUAAUUGCUGAUAUAGAACACGAGACAUCUUCCUUAUUACAUUAAUUUUUUUUUUAUUCCUAGUAUAUGUGCUUGUAUGUGUAAAACAGUGAUUGUCCUGCAUGCCAACGGGAGGGUAAAAAAAGGGGGUAAACAUUUUGACACGUUCGCUCGCGCGGUACAUCGUCAGGUACAUCGUCAGAUUACAACUCGUCUUCUCGUUGAAUUGCAUGCGAAAUUGGCGGAAUGUGAUGGCACGUGGUGAAUUGCACCAUGUAUGCACCUUAUAGUUAUCCGUACCGGUCGGACUCUAUAUACGUGACACAAUUUCAACCCUUUUCCCGCGUAUCUUCCCCCAACGAGGCCAGUAACGUCCUCUUUCGAAAUACGCGCUAAUUCCCGGGCGGUAUUAAUUUCUGCCGGCAGCAUUUAAUUGAUAUUCGACGGAACGUACGAAUUUACAUUCAGCCCAAAACUGGCCGUCGAACUAUUCAGUAUUACAAAAAGACUCUCUAGAAGGGAUCCGCCCAGUUUUCCCCGGCGGAUCACGUGAAAUUAUUUAUUCGCCUUCGCUGUGUUGCGAUUCCUACGUACCUACGGCUAACAGUAAGUUACUUAUAUCUUGAAAUUACGGUGUUGGUAACGUUCUCUUUCGUUUGGGCAGUUUCGAGGUCGGCGAUGCGUUUCCGUUACGAUCCCGAAACGUCCAAAUGGGGUUUCUAGGUCAUUAUUUAAGUACGCGACUUAGCGUGUAGUUGUGUAUCGACUUUAUGUAAUAUAUCUUUGUACAGUAUGUGAAUAAAUAUAUACAGGGUUUUGUUA